CGAGUCUAGCUUCGAUACCUGUGCACCAGGAACUUUCUUUUUCCUUUCCUCUCUCCCCUCCCAAACGUGGUCGUCAGAGUUCCUGCUGUGAGAAGUUUCACGAUGACCCACCGUGACUCUUCUGUGCCUCAUAGCUAAUACUGUACCUUCCAGGACUGCUCCUUCUCCACUGGGGCAUCACGGGAAGGGGUUACUUUCUGAGGUGUGGCGUGGAGAAUGGAUACUGGUAAGCUUUAAGGCUGAGGAGACCUUAGAGCUGAGGUGUGCCAUGUUGAGUGGAGCGCAUUUAAGGGUGAUGGAUGAGAGGCCAGUCUUAGCAAGAGAAUGGGAAAAGGAAGGGCCGUAAGCCUGAGUCCGGUGACUCGGGUCAUGGAAGGUGUUCGACAGUGACUCGGGUCUUGGAAAGUGUUCGGCAGACGGCCUGACUUGGCUGGAUUUAGGUAUGUCCAGUGGCAAGUUUGGACACAGUCGCCAGGUCUACCAACUUCUGAUACGAAGUGUCCGGCUUCUCUUUUCCCCGAGUGCGUUGUCAUCUGUCACUUACCUGUAUCUUCACUGAAAUUACUGAUGAACACCCAGGUCUGUGUCUCAGGAAGAAGCCCUACAUAUGGCCUGCCAUCAGGUGUCUGUCGGAAUCCACAUCUGGAAGCUGGGGCCUGAAUGUGCUCUUCAACACACAGUGCCUUCCAGUGAAUCCAACGCCCAGAACCCCCUUUUGCCAGUCCAGAACCAGAGUUCAGGUGGGGCAGGAUAGGUUAGAGUCAGACCCACGAAGAAGCACCUGGCACAGGGGGCAGGAGGUACAGGUCAGGACAGAAGGAGGACCAGAAAGCUGUAGAUUCACCCAAGGGGUUUCCACGUGUCAGAGAAGGAAACAUCAGUGUGUCAAAAGGAGGAUGAGGGGCGCCAUUUCCAAAGUCUCCAUUAGCCGGAUCAGUCAGCCUCAGUGUCCUGACAGGUGGAGCUGGGCAGGAUGGAAGGAGCCCGGUAGAUCCUCUGUGGAAGCAUGUGGCCGUUCUGGAGAUGGUGGUGGAGGCUGGACCUCAGACUCUGGGGAAAGGUCAGGCCCAGCCUCCCAGUGUCGCAUCCACUCACAACCUGGGUAGCUAUCCCAAGGACCUGCGCAUGCCCCUUCCUGGGGAUGAAGUCCAGUCAACACCUAUAGGUCACACCUAGGGGCCACACUCUCCCCUUGGGUUCGGGCACUCCCAAAUUCCGUAGUGCGGAAUGGGGAGAACCAAGCACGGAGGACUGCAGCCUGCCCGUCCCUCACCAGGGUCUGCCGGCUCCACGGGCGGGAAUCGCUGCGUGGACGCGGCCGAGGCGUGCACGGCCGACGCGCAGUGCCAGCAGCUGCGCUCCGAGUACGUGGCACGAUGCCUGGGCCGGCCGGCGCCGGGGGACCGGAGCGGCCCCGGGGGCUGCGUGCGCUCCCGCUGCCGCCGUGCCCUGCGCCGCUUCUUCGCCCGCGGGCCCCCGGCGCUCACGCACGCGCUGCUCUUCUGCCGGUGCGAGAGCCCCGCGUGCGCCGAGCGCCGGCGCCAGACCUUCGCCCCGGCCUGCGCGUUCGCGGGCCCCGGGCCGGCGCCGCCCUCCUGCCUGAAGGCCCUGGACCGCUGCGAGCGCGGCCGCCUGUGCAGGCCUCGUCUCCUUGCCUUCCAGGCCUCGUGCGCUCCCGCGCCCGGCUCCCGCGCCGCCGGCUGCCCCGAGGAGCGGGGCCCGCGUUGUCUGCUCGCCUACGCAGGCCUCAUAGGCACCGCAGUCACCCCCAACUACCUGGACAACGUGAGCGCGCGCGUCGCGCCCUGGUGCGGCUGCGGGGACAGCGGAAACCGGUUGGAAGAGUGCGAAGCCUUCCGCAAGCUCUUUACAGGGAACCCCUGCUUGGAUGGUGCCAUGCAAGCCUUUAACACCUUGUGGCCCUCGAUUCUGCAGGACUGGCUGAACCCCUACCAGAACACUGGGCAUCAUUUCCCACAGGGCCUUGUGUAUGCUGGACAAGCGCUCGCCUGCUGAUCUACGCUUUCUGCACUUGUGUCUACCAGAGAGUGCUCAUGGCUGUUUAUUGACAGCCUUUGUGCAUGCCUUUGCUUCCCUUUCCACAACUCUUUCGAGGUUACCAGUUUCAAGUGGGAAGUCAUGCUCUCCAACUGAUUUUUACCAUGAGGUCCAGUCACAACUGGCUUUGCUGCUUAGCACUUCCUGUUUGGAGACCAGAAGCUGAGAUUUUACUACACAGUAUGCCCCUGGGUUUCAGGACUUCCCACCCAUCUUUGCUUUCUGCUUAUAAGCUCACUGGUUUUAAAAUUCAGUUUCUCCAUUAAAAGAUACUUUCUUUUAGAAUUAUUUGUGGAUUUGUGUGUUUGUGCACAUGUGUGCAGGUACCCUGGGAGGCCAGAAGGUGACUUAGGAUCCUCUGAGCUGGAAUAACAGGCAAUUGUGAGCUGCCUAAUAAGGCUGCUAUGAACCAGGCCUGGGUCCUCCGGAAGAACAGCAUGUG